UCAAGCCAUCAUAUCCAGUCAUUCCAAGAGGGAGGGAGAAUAUAGGUGUGUGUAGGGAGGGAGCAUUACAAUGUAAAGACCUGCAAUUCAGUGCUUGACUGAACAUACACACUCGUCCACGCACAUUACGCACUCACACACACAGACGCAGAAGGAGCCGUUGGACAGUGGACCUGCGGGUUCAUGUCACUCUGAUUUCUCCAAGGAAGAGGAAUACCGAGGAACAGAUCAGAGGGGAAUAUCAGCGACAGCCAUGGCUUUCGCGACCGUGUGGAACUACUGCGUCCCCCUCACCAUCCUCACCGUCGCCUGCCUGGUGCGCACUGCCCGUUGUCAGGCAGUGCAGGCGGAGAAUGUGACAGUCUUGGAGGGAGGUACGGCCCAGAUCUCCUGCCGCCUGCAGAACUACGAUGGAUCAAUCGUGGUUAUCCAGAAUCCCCGCCGGCAGACGCUCUUCUUCAACGGCACGCGAGCCCUGAAGGACGACCGUUUCCAGAUGGUGCUCUUCACGCCGAGACUGGUGCGCAUCACGUUGACCAACGUCAGCGUGUCGGAUGAGGGCGGCUACUUCUGCCAGCUCUACACGGAUGCCACUCACCACCAGGUGGCGACGCUCUCCGUUUCCGUGCCCCCGGAGACGCCCACCGUGGAGGUGAAGCAGGAGGCCGUGGAGGGUGGGGAGGUGGAGCUGAGCUGUAUGUCCCCACGCAGCAAGCCAGCCGCCACCCUGCGCUGGAUGCGUAACGGACGGGAGAUUCCAGGUGUGGUAUCCCAGCAGGACAACGCCAAGACGUUCAGUGUGUCCAGCACCAUCCGGAUCCCCGUGGAAAGGAAAGACAACGGGGCGGCGCUGAGCUGCGAGGCGUUUCACCCGGCACUCAGCGGGCAGAAGAGGAUCCGACAUUAUCGCCUGGAUGUGAAUUUUGCACCAACAGUGAGAAUUGCUCCUCCAACUGGAAUUUUGCGAGAGGGCGACUCGCUCAGCCUCACCUGCUACGUCACUGGGAACCCUCUGCCCAGGAACAUCCAGUGGUCCAAGAUUAAUGACACCUUACCUGAGAGGGCAGAGAUUUCCGGCCCCACCUUUCAGAUCUCCCGCCUCAGCCAAUCACACAACGGGACUUACUUGUGCCAGGCCCAGAACAACUUUGGACGCGCUGCCGAUCAUUACACCCUGCUGGUGUACGACAAUGUGUCAGUCACUACCACCACCCAACCAUUCACCACCCAUCCCGUCACCCCAACCCUCCUUACACCCAGCUUCGCUCCGGACCCUGAAGAUCCCGGUGCAGUGGUAGAGGCUCCCAGUGCAGUACCAUAUGCAGUGAUAGGGGGCGUUCUGGCACUGCUGGUUUUCACCGUCAUCUGUGUCCUUAUCGUCACCAUCUGGUGCUCCGUUCGACAGAAAGGUUCCUAUCUUACCCAUGAGGCCAGUGGGUUGGAUGAACAUGGUGAGGUGCAGGAGGCUUUCCUCAAUGGGAACGACGCCAGCCAGGGCAAGAAGGAGUACCUACUGUAGCCCCUAUCCCCUUCUCUUCAGACCACAAUCCCCCUUAUCCCUUCCCUACCCUGUGUCCCAUCUUAUAUACAGUAUACACACACACUCACUCACACACACACACACACACACACACACACACACACAAACUUCAAUACAAAGCGCCAGUACAGGCAGCCUUCUGAAAACGACUGUAUACAGAUACCGCACACAGCCAAUCCAUCCCGCUUCAUUCUCCUCCAUGCACACACACCCAGAGGCAGACUGAGAAAAAGAGAGCCUAUAGACCCAGCAGCCAUUAACGACUGUGCCAUAUACUGUAAGUCGGAGAUACUAGAGAGAAUGGAGAGAGCGGGGCCGAGGUGAAUUUAGACAAUAACAAAAUGAUGCCGUAAUUAUUUUGAUUGAGGUGGGAGUGGGGAGCACAAAGAAAACAGGCACUCUGCCCGUGCAGCCGCCAAAAGUAGGAAGGGGAAUUAGAGGCAGAUGACUGCUAUAAUUCCAUGCCUGGAGAAAACCAUUCAUUUCACAAAGCUCAAUCUUUAACUGAUGGAGACAGGGGGAAAAGUGUGUGGGGAGGGAGGGGGAAAUUAGGAAGGGUUGACCAGAAGCUAUCGAGCGCUACACGGUAGAAAAUUGAAAUGUUUUAAAUUGUCAGACCAUCUUCCCUACAGAGUGCAACUCGUAUAUAUAUUUCCCUACCAACACUGGAGUGUUUAAGCCCAGAGUCCCAGGAAGUAUCCAGAGUUUUGACGGAACUCCCUACCCAAUAAUUGGUGAAAGGGGAAUCUUAUUUUAAAGGGUUUUUAAUUUAAUUACCUCUCCAUAUCCUCCCUCCUCUCCAUUCACCUGUUACAAUCCGCUCCCCCUCUCCAUUAUAUAUCUCGCUUUUUCUCCGUCUGCCCCCCCCUCCCUCCCUCCCCAUCACUCCUCCUUUGUUGGCUCCUAAUAAUGUAAGGAUUAGUGUUGGGCUGCGUUCCCGACAAGGAAGAAAGGAAUAUGACUUGCUAAGGCAUUAAAGAAAGGCUUAAUUAUUUUAGAAUGUCAUUAAGAGGAUAGAAAGGUUUUAAAGUCUUAAUAAGAAGGGCAAGGGGGAGUGAACGAAUGAGGAAUAAGACACGGAUGGAUAUUUUUUCUUAAUGCUACAACACAUAUGCACUCAUUCAUACGUACAGUAAACAUGUUGACAGAACAAGUAUACAUAUCUCUGAAGUACUUAUUUGUAUAAAAAAAGAACAUCCGCAUAAAUUAAAUGAAACUUUUAAGAAAAAAAAAUCUGUUUACUAUUGAAACGCAUUAUGAAGCAUCUAUACUAACACAGAAUAUUAGCCUAUAGAGGUGCAAAGCCGAACAAACCACUGUCCAGUGAUCUUUAAAGAAAAUAAAGAAAAGAACAAAAAAAAAUAUCAUUGUCUUUAUGAGAAACCAGAGGUCUUAUCGAUUUUUUAUUAAUUAUUAUUAUUAUUUGAACAAUUAUGAUUGUUGUUAAUGUUAUUAUUGCCGUUGUUAUUAUUAUAAUUGUAAAUGUUAAAGAAAUGUACACUUCCCAUGGUUUGUUUUUGGUUCUACUGUAGAGAAAUUGCUGUCUUUUUUCACUCUUACCUUUCCUCUCUUUCCCAAUCUUUCUCUCUCUUCGUCUCCUGUGCCUAGUCGUCUCUUCUCCUGUCUUUCACUACUGUUUACUUUAGAGUCCAUGUGUCAUUGUUGAUAUAUAGCUAACUAUUUCUUUAUAGGGGAAAGAUACAAAGCACGACAAAAUAAAAAAGAAUUCAAAAAUAA